CACAAUGCUCGCUCUUCUUUCGGUUCCUGUUGCGCUUCUUCUCGUGACCUACCUAUGCAGACCAAGCCUCUUUACCACAAUGUCCGAGCACACCUAUGACUGGCUGCGCGAAAAGACCAUUGGCUGGAGCCACUCGCCCCCGGUCAACAAGAUUGACACACACCAUCACUGUGUUCCUCCGUUCUAUGCAAAGGCGGUCGAAGAACAAGGCGGCGACCCCAGCGGCUGGCCAACACCGCACUGGAACCCACUGGCAUCCAAGCUGCUCAUGAAGCGCAUGGGCAUCCAAACCGCCAUCCUCUCCGUCACAGCCCCAGGCGCCUGUAUCCUCCCCGACCGGCAGCGCCGCGCCCACCUCGCCCGCCAACUCAACGAAUACGCCGCGGACCUCCGCGACAAGGAGCCCGAGAAAUUCGCCUUCUUCGUCUCCCUCCCCAACAUCCUCGAUACAGAGGAUGCCCUCGCGGAGAUCGCGUACGGACUGGACACACUGCACGCCGACGGCGUCACGCUCUUCACGCGCUACGGGUCUGGGAACACGUACCUCGGCCAUCCGGACGUCGAACCCAUCUGGGCGGAACUGAACAGGCGGGGGUGUGUCGUCUUCAUCCACCCAACGCACCCCGUCGACACGAACCCCGUAAACGCCAAACUCCCGCAACCAGCCAUCGACUACCCGCACGAAACUACCCGGACGGCAAUGGACAUGAUCGUCAACGGGACGCGCCUCAAGUACCCAGGCUGCAAAGUAAUCCUCUCACACGCCGGCGGCGCCCUUCCAUACUUGAUCUCCCGCGUAACGACACCCAUGCGCAAAGCGCCAGAUUUCGCAGUCUCGCACCGGAUGGGCACGACGCAUGAGAAGGCGAUGGAGUCGUUCCGCAGCUUCCACUUUGAUCUCGCGCUGAGUGCGGCGCCGCAGGUGCUGGAUAUGUUGCUGAAGCUUGUUCCGCAUGAGCAUAUCUUGUUUGGGAGUGAUUUUCCGUAUGCGCCUGUCACUGCGUAUCCGGCGUUCUUGGAGGAGUUGGAGGGGUAUGAGAUGGGUGAGGAGCUGCGGGAUCGGAUUAAUUUUGGGAAUGCGAUGAGGUUGUUUCCGAGGUUGGCGAGCCGGGGGGGUGGGAAUCUGUAGCGGUUCGUUGAAAAUGCAAGGGGCACCCACUGUUACAAGAAUAGAUUCGACUAGAGGUUAUAUCACCGCAGCAUUGCCCAUUACAUAUUUCGUCAAGGUGUAUAGCCUGCAUAAUCGGAUACACAUGCUGGGUAUAAUCUCUAGGCACCCAGUGCGGUAUACCUCUCUAUUGCCCGAAAAAUGAACGCUUGGUUGGCCGAUAUGGUGGAGUGCCAAUCAAUGCAAGAGCCCUAUUGCAAAACAGAGUUCAUACACCAAGGAUCCCGGUUCCAGAUUGGAGCUUUCCAUUUCCAACUUGGAUGCCCUGCUAGGGCCACCGCGCAAAAUAUUGUGCACCAGAUUAGAAUCUAGAAUCAACAUCUCUUCCGUAAGACCUUCAAGGGGAAAAUCAAAUCUUUGUGCCCUGGACUGAUCUCCCU